UUGGUUUCUAUGGACUACUUUUCCCACAAUGCACUUAUUUACUACGCAAACGAAGCUGUGGACGCUAACCAAGGUGGAUGGCUGGUGACGCUCCCAAUCUUUUUUAUUUAAAAGGUGUCUAGUGAACGUGGCAGCGGAAACUUCCGUUUUAGGUGUAAAAGAUGGCCGUUGUAAGAGCAAAGUCAAUACGACAAACUGGGAGUCUGCUUCGAAGUCGCUCAGAAGGGACUCUGAUUGACCUAGAUGACAGUUUAACUAUCAACAACAAUAGCUUACAUGGGAGUUACAUGUCAAAACAUUUGGAAUGGCCAGAAGGCCAACCCCAAGGACAAACAACAAAUCCCUUCUGGAACAAACUCUCCCAGUCAAAUCCUUUCUUGGAUGACAUUAUGUGCAGGACCAACACUGACUCAAGUCUGUCCAUAGUGAAGGAGGAUAUAUCAGCUUUGUUUGGUAAAAAUACUGAAGAUUGUGAAAGCAGUUCCUCAGAUGAAAACAACUUUGGUCAUUUUGUGGAGCCUGAGAGGAACAGCCUUAAUCGAUCUGGACGGUGGAGAAGUGCCUCAGACAUUCUUGAAAGUCUUGCAAAAAAAGAAUCCAAGAAGGAGAAGAGUUUUAACUCUCAAGGGCCAUUCAUGAAACCUGAUUUUGAUUGGCUGAAAAAUGACAUGGAAGCUUACAAAAUGGCCUGGCUGAGUCACAGGCAAUUAACCAGAUCCUGUUUGAACAUCAGUCUGAUAAAACAAAGUCCCGGUUGGGCACAAACUCAAGCCACAGACUCACAAAUUGUCUGUAAGAUCGAUCACAAUGGAGGUUCAUUGCAGUUGCCUGACUCUAAUAUCAGUGCCCACAUUCCUCAAGGACAUGUUGCUCCAGGAGAGAUACAGGAAAUUGGUCUCAAAGCUAGCCUUGAUCCUCCAUGUGGAAUCAAUAAUAAUUAUGUAACAUCCGUGAGUCCUUUUUUGGAAAUCAUUCUCAACAAUCCCAAUACUAUUGGAGGCAUCUCACUUGACAUUAAAAUGGCAGCUCAAGUGAAAAAUGACGCUUUGAGCCAAGUCAUGACAACCUUUGUAGGUCUGGUGGCCCAUAGGAAAGAGGGACCAUAUGAGAAGGUCAAGGACUGUUACAUAUAUAAGGACAUUUUACAAAUUAAGCUCCAGGAGCUAAAGCCUCACAUGUACAUCAUUGCUGUUGCAGAGGCCACAGCAAUUCAGCCACCAGCAACCUCAGUAUGGGACUAUUUAGACCGACAUUUUACAGUCGCGGUUUAUGGUCCCAAGCAUAUUCAUCCAUCUUUCAAAGUUGUGCAAGUCAUCUCUUACUAUAAUAAUGUUCCACCCAGGCUUCCUUUUUCUGAUAUCCGGAAAGGUAACAGAAACCUGCCCCCAGUUGUGUUACAACUCUGGGGAAAGCAUGAGUUCAAUCCACGCUGUCUAAAUGAUUUGCAUAUUACAACCAGUGUGCUAGACUCAAGUUUUAAUGUAAAAAAUGAGGAUAAAGUCAAAAAGGUCAAAAUAGAGGAGCUCAAAACUGGCAGAGUGAUCCACUUGCCAUUGGAACUAUCCAAGACCGGCAAUGGAGAUAUGGGUCAGUUCAAACUAGCCAUUCAGGUGAAGGACUCAAAUUACCUCUCUUUAGCAGACUUUUACAUUACUUCUCCUGAGGCUGCUCCACUGAGGACAGAAAAACAUGGUCUCAGACAUGUGGAUCGUCACAGGGAAAUGACCCAUUCUCAAGCUAUCCCAGAAGAAUCUGUUCCAGAGUCCUCAAAGUUUCAAGAUUUGCCUGUGAACAUUCAUUGGUAUGGCAUCGCAUUGAAAUCUCUUCUUAGACAGCCGAGAGUGGAAUAUCUUCUGGAAUACUUCAAGGGCGACACAAUUGCUCUGCUUUCCAGAGAAACAGUUAAGUCUGUUGGACAAUCAAAAGUAAAAGAGUGGUAUAUUGGUUUUCUGAGGGGAAGUGUUGGUUUGGUGCACUGCAAGAAUGUGAAGGUCAUAACAAAGGACCAAGUAAUUGACUUCUCUGCAGUUAGACUCACAACACAAAUCCUGCUGGACAACAUGACUUUGCCAUUUAAAAAGCUCACGUACAUGUACUCUGCCAUUCAGAAUUUAGUAACCGAGCACAUAACCUCUUGGAGGACUUUUGCUGCAGCUUUGGGUUACUCAAACCUUACAAUAGAUAAUUUCUCUCGGAAGCAAGCUGAGACAGAAGCAGAAAAGAUAGCAUGUGUCCUCGAGAAGCUAAAGGAAGAAUGUCACACAGAAAAAACUAAAAGAAAAUUUCAGCAUGAACUCAUAAUUGGGCUCUUCAAAAUGGAUGCUCAGGGCCUUGUAGCCUAUUUAAUUCAGAACACAGUUAUACUGUCCACAGCUGUUGAGCUUGGUGUACGAUGGAGGGAACUGGCAGAGAAGAUAGGAAAACUUUCCAGUUCUCAGAUUGCAGGUUAUGAGGCACCACACAGAGGGAAAAAUGGAGAAGUCAGUGCCCAGUCCAUGUGGAAGCCUGCUUAUGACUUCCUAUACUCAUGGAGUAUGCAGUAUGGUCAGGGCUAUAGAGACAUGAUUCAGGAUCUCCAUCUGGCCCUGGACAAGAUGAAGAGCCCUGUUACUAAAAACUGGAGGCAGAUUACUGGAGCUCUCAUUACAGUAAAUUGCAUGGAGAUCUUGAGGGCCUCUGCCUUCCACACAGCACAGUGAACAUUAAGUUGCUGUUUGAGGUUUGUUUAAGAAUGUUGUGCAUUAUAUCCUUUUUCUGUCUUUGUAUAACAGUAAGCAAUAUAUGCUUUUGUUGAAAAUGUCAGAAUAUGACAUGCUGUUAGACUUGGAAUGUAUUCUUUUGUACUGUUCAACAUAUGAAGUUAUCCAGGUCUACACAAGUUAUUCAAGUUAUUCUAUUUUUAAUGUCAUGUUGUAAAUGAAAUGAAUCUGAUUCCUUGUUAUGUUUAUGUGCAUUUCAAUGUUACAUUUGAAAUAGAGAGAAUCUGGACAAUUCCUCUAUAUCAAACUCCUGCCCCUUACGAUGAAGUCUGACUAAGUUUCGUCUGUUCCUGGGACAGCCGGUUUUAGAAGUCCCUUUUUCACUGCAUCUUAAGCUCUAAUAGUGGAGUACACUUAUGUAUUAUAAAAUUUCUUUAUGUUCUUCUAGACCUACUGUAAUUAAUUUUAUUAGUGCACUUAAAAUAUAUAUUGCUAAUUGUACUUUUUUUAUAUUUAAUCUUGUAACUGUUAUUGCUUAACUAAAAUAAUAAAACAGUUUUCAUGAAUAGACAAUCAAUUUAA